AUGAAAGUGCCGAGUAAGGUUAAGAUUUUUGCGUGGAGAGCAUGCAAAGAUGGGCUUCCCACAGCUUUAAAUCUUGAGAAAAAACAUAUCACUAGACAGCGUAUUUGCAGCCUUUGUAAUGCAGAAACUGAGGACCUGAACCAUGCUGUGAUUUAUUGUAAAAUGAUUGAAGGGUUCUGGAACAAUUUCUUUCCUGAACUGGUCAAAAACAAAUGCAGGUCAAUUAAGGAGAAGGCACUUGUUUUUUGUGAGAAAAAAGAAUUCUCAAAGUUGGAUGUUUUCUUUAUGCUGAUUUGGAGUUUUUGGUUCAGAAGGAAUAAAUAUGUGCACGAACAAAUCAGGUUGGAUCCCCGAAAGAUAGCUGAUAAGGCCUUGGGUUUGUUAGCAAGUUUCAAUUCAGCUAGGAAGACGAAUUGCGUUCAGAUCCGAAAAUACUUCAAAUGGUCACCUCCAGAUAUUAAUUUUCUGAAAUUAAAUGUGGAUGGGGCUACAUUCAAAGAACUCGAUCGAGUUGGAAUUGGGGUUGUAUUAAAGCAUUAUUCAGGCAAGGUGAUUAUGGCAAUGUCAAAGAUUGAAAUAAGUGUCGAAGAGAGUGAAGAGAUCGAGUUGCUGGCCAUUUUUAGAGGGAUGCAGCUGUGUGUAAAUUUGGGAAUCCAAAACAUUUUGAUUGAAAGUGAUAGCAAGUUGGUUAUUGAAGCACUUCAAACUGAUAGCAUGUUAAAUUCUUCUUUAGGAGUGUUGUAUCGGGAAGUGAAACUCCUAGCCACCCACAAAAUUGGUUGA